AUGACGAGCGGUGGAUUCCGGCGGGGCCAGAGGGAGGCCGACGGUGGUGGAGCAGGGCCGGGCGAUGGGGGCCGCAGGGAGGCUAGUGGCGGCGGGGCUGGGGAAAGGCUGGUGGCGACGGAGCAGGGCCGGGAGGUAGGGGCCAUAGGGCAGAGUGCAGGCGGUGGGCCGGGAGGCAGCGACGAGCAGAGGGCCGAGGGCCGGGGUGCCGAGUUUGACAGGGAGCCGGAGGCUGGAGGGCCGACAGGGGCCAAAAGGCGGGGCCGGGGCCAGAAGGCAAGGUCAGACGGUGGCGCAGGGCCCGAGGUCUAG